AUGGGACAGCGGUGCUGCCAAAGACGGGUGGGGUGCCACCGAAAGGGCCAGCUGGCCCGCCGCCACCGACCUCAACGACUCCACCGCUGCACCCUGCCAAGACCUCCGGCAUGGGAGGAGACUUCAGGCCGACUCCGGCAGUGGGAGGACCGCCGCCACCCACCCCUGCAAAGCACGCCAGCACGGUACUGCAGCAAGGUGUUUACACUGUGGUUUGGGAUCCCCACAACAAUGUCACGUGGAUGUCCCUCGACGCUUACCCACAGGGCAGCGUGCCACACCAGGUUAUGGUGCCGCCGUCUCCACCAGCCAAAGGAGGACCCAGUAGGCCAGGCGAUGCCAGCACUCCAGCUGCAUGGGACUGAACGGCAAGGGUCGAAGGGCAUGGCUCCAAUCUUCCUUGUACAAUGCCUCUCGGAGCCCAGAGAAUGGCAUUGGAAUGCCUCUAAGCGAUCAUGCGAAUGUGUGAAAAAACAAACCAGCCGAUCGCAGACCGUCCCUGAAACACAACAUUACCAAGCUGUGAAGAAAUUAUGUGCCCAGCAAUGUGAUUGCAGGAGGAUGCUCAGCCAUGAGUCCCAACCUUGGUGCCCUUAUCCCAAUGGAACCGUCUUUGCUGCGACUCUGUGCCAGUAUCAAACCCCUGAAGCUCAGGUUGGGGAAUUGCGGCCCACCGCGCCCCGACACUGGCCACCACGACAAUUGGGAGCAGGCGCUCUCGGCCUGCUUGUAUGCUUUUCCCACUGCCCGUCAGAGCUUGAUAGUGCACAUGAUACGCGCGUGACCCGUCUGCCCUAUUGCAGCUUUUACUCGAACAGCUCUGCCCCUGCUGUGUUUAUUUCAAGCACGCCAAUGGGGAAGUCGCCUGCGGCAAAGGCACGCUCGGCUAUGCGACCGCCUACGAGGUUCCGAAGCCCAGCACGCACACCGGCGUGGGAGUUUCCUGAACCGAUCGAGGAAUGGCAACCAUUGCCAUAUGAGGAGCUCAGGCGAUGGUAUCAGAACCACUGGGAUCGGCGACAGUCCCGCUCAUCUACGUCCUGGAUGCCACGAACACAGGCCUCCACUGGCAAAAGCUCUAGCAGCACAUGGAGGCGUGCGCCCCCUCAGCCACCGAUGUCGAGGCGACAAAGAGAGAGUCAAGGCCAGAAGGACCCGGAGGAGAAAGUGGGACAGCCUGAUGUCGACCCUACCUCAGAGCGAGCAGUGGAGGCCGUUCACCCGACUGUGAAGGUAGAGCCGUCAGAGCCGUCUGCCCCGAACGCUGGAACCAAGACGAAGCCCGAGCUGAAUGAGGAGCACACGAUCAAAGCGGAGCUGGAGAUGGGCGAAAUGGAGCGUGACAUCAUCGUGGACAAGAUGAUUCAGUGUGCGAAGACCACAGCAGCAAGAUUUGGAGUCACGAGUGAACAGCUCCUGGACGCCGUGCAGUUAACAUGGCUGCCGGUACUGGAGCAACGCCAGUGGAGGACAACGGUGACAUGUCUCUUAUGCUCGCACAGCCCUGGCUCCCUCAGGGACUGGCAGCGGCACUUGCUCACCAAGUCCCACUCCAGGAUCGCCAACGAGUCAACGAGGCAAAGAUGA